AUGAUUGCUAGCCAGUGGGCAGAGAAAAGGGUUCAGGGAUCAUCCACAUUCAGGUCAACAAAUGUACUCCACGUAAAUAAGAUCAGUGACUUUGCGUUAGUGGAUUGUGCAUCUAUUACUCCUGGAAUCAUGUUUCCAGUGAUUCUGCUUCUGAUAGGCAUGUCUGGCCUCACUUUACCAGUUCAAGCAGCGCCGGCUCUAUUGGAUGACUUUUUCACGAUAGCUUUCGAACUCUUUGAUGGUGAGAAAUAUUGUAUUGUCUGGUCUCCAUUUCUGUAUAUCCCAAGGUUAUUAGCAUACUCACGUCAUUGUUAUUUCUCUCUCGUCCCCUUGACAGAAAUAUAUGAUUACUCUGCUAGUGACACAGAGGAAAUAUCACUAUCUUCAGCUGAAAUUAAUGACACCAUUGAUUGGAUUUUUUCCUUCUUUGAUGAACCAGAAGUGUGUGAUCCAAAUCCUUGCCAGAACAACGGAGUAUGUGAGAUCCUAGAGAAUGACAGAUAUAAAUGUAUCUGUCCAGAGCCUUACAUUGGCAAAAAUUGUCAGAGUGAGAGGAAUGUGUGUAAGAAAGUGAAGUGUGGUCAUGGUGAUUGUGUCAGAACUCAGGAAUCCCCGUUUUAUGAAUGCAAGUGCUGGCACCCCUAUCUGGGCUCUAAUUGCAAGAAAGCCUCUGCGUGUGACCCGAGUCCAUGCCUGAAUGGUGGAAGGUGUGUUAAAGGCCGUACGAGAGCCAGUUUUACAUGCAAGUGUCCUGAGGAUUACAGUGGGAGGUUCUGCCAAGUUGGUACAAAUGAUUGCUAUAAAGGGAAUGGGGAAUCAUACAGAGGUUUUGUCAGUGAGACAGUGGAAGGAUUGGAAUGUUUACCCUGGAACUACUAUCUUAUUCCCUACAAGGAUUUUGAAAGCAAUGAUAGCAUUGGAGCCCACACUUACUGCCGAAACCCGGAUGGAGACCGGGAACCAUGGUGCUUUGUGAAAGAGAAGGGCAAACUCCAGUGGGAUUACUGUAAUGUCAAGCCUUGUUCUGAACCAGAACCAGUAAAACCCUCUACAACCCCUGCAAAACUGGAAUUUUCUGACUGUGGAAAGAUUCAGACUAGGAUAUCCCCAAGGAUAUUUGGUGGGAGGAAGUCCCUGCCUGAAGCGCAUCCCUGGCAGGUCUCAUUUCAGGUCCGGCCCAAGGGCUCUAAUGUAACCUUCAGCCACAAUUGUGGAGGAACCCUUAUCGACUCCUGCUGGGUCCUAACUGCUGCUCACUGUAUUGAUCAGAACGAGGAGGCAAGGUUGGAGAUGGGUGGUGUGAACCUGAAGAAAAAUGACCCUGCAAAACAGUUUCUGGAGGUGGACAAAAUCAUUGUUCAUGAGAACUAUACAGAGACUCCUGAAGCCCUUUAUAAUGAUAUAGCCCUGCUGAAACUAAAGGCAAUAAAUGGACGGUGCGCCAAUGAGACCAGUUCUGUUAAGGCAGCAUGUCUCCCCACUGAUUCAUUCCCUGAUGAAACACAGUGCACCAUAUCAGGCUAUGGAGCCACUGAGAAAGAGGAUGCUGGCUCUCCUCAGCUGCUGGAUGCCAAAGUUCUCCUGAUCUCUCAGAAACGCUGUAUGUCUCGUAAUGUCUAUGGGAACAGAAUGGAUGAUUCCAUGAUGUGUGCUGGAUAUAUGCAAGGAAAGAUUGACUCUUGUCAGGGUGAUUCUGGUGGACCCCUUGUUUGUCAGAAGGAUGAGAUUCAUUACAUCUAUGGUGUGGUGAGCUGGGGUGACAGCUGUGGCAAGAAGAACAGGCCAGGUGUCUAUGCCCGUGUCACCAAAUUCACUGACUGGAUCAAUGAAAAGAUGCGUGCAGCUUAGAAUGGAUACUCAGGAGAUAGUGGUUCAGCUGAAAGAGG